GAAAAAGAUAAUCAAUCUGAAAUAUCAAUUAUGCCUUCUAUAUCAGCUUCAAAUUGUGACAAUAACAAUCAACAAUUACCAUAUAAUACAAACAAAUCUAACCAACUAUUAUUAGAAGGUAUAGUCAAAG